AUGAUCCUUUCGUCGUUGCUUCUCCCGAGCCUUGCGCUCUCUGCCCUUGGACAGGCGUUUACUGCUGCUCCAGUCAUCACCAACAAACCGCCUGCCACUUAUACUGCAACAUUGUCUGACAACCCUAAUACCCCAAUCCGUGGCUAUGUCACCGCAAGUGGUGCUCCGGAUGGCGUUGGCGUGGUUUUCCGUGUCAAUUUCACCGGGCUACCUCCUGAUAUUGGACCUUUCCCUUAUCACGUCCAUCUCUAUCCUGUGCCAACAAGCGGUGAUUGUUAUGCCACUGGGGAUCACUUGGACCCUUACAGCCGCGGCGAGCUACCUCCUUGCGAUCCAAGUGACCCUGCCACUUGCCAAGUUGGUGAUCUCAGUGGCAAACAUGGCUCUGCUUCAGGAAAUGAUUUCUUUGCCGAGUACACAGACCGCUAUCUGUCUACUGAUCCCAUCAGCAAUGCUUUCUUCGGCGAUAGGUCCAUCGUCAUCCAUGCUGCUUCUCUUGCACGUUUGAACUGUGGAAACUUUCAGCUUGUACCAAGUCCACAGGCCGCGAGUCCGCACAUCUACUCGCACAACUAUCCGGACACCUACUACUCGUCCAACCUCUACGAGGACACCGAGUUCACAGGUCGCGGGUGUAUCUAG